AUGUUAAAAACCGUCGAAUCAAAAUAUAACGAAUCAAAUAUAAUUUUUUCACCUGCUAGCAUAAUCGGAUUAUUAUCAGUUCUCCAGCAGGGUGCAAAAGGUUCUACCGCUUUGGAAUUAUUGAAAGUUCUUCGUUUGACACCGGAAGAAUCUAAAAAAGGAUUUUUAAAUUUAUUAUCGUUAAAAAAAGAAACAAACGUGACGUUCGAUUGGGGAAAUCGUAUAUACGUAAGUCCUAGUAUUGAAAUACUGGAAGAAUUUAAAAAAAAAACCCGCGAAAAUUUCGAAGUCGAUGUUAAAAAAAUGAAUUUUGGAGUGCCGUCGAGUAAAAAUUCAAGCGACGAAAUGAAUAAUUGGAUCGAAGAAAUAACGCAUAAACAUAUAAAAAAUAUGGUCGAUCCUUCAAUGAUAUCAGUGGAUACGAUUAUGGUAUUGAUAAAUGCGAUUUUUUUCAAAGGAAAUUGGAUGAGAUCAUUUAAAAAAACAAAAACGUCGACGGGAAAUUUUGAAAAAUUCCCAGGGGAACAAAUGGAAACUGAAUUUAUGUCACAAAGGGAUAAAUAUCAUGCGGAUAAAGAUAGUUAUUUAGGUGCUAAAUGGAUGUCUUUACCAUUUCAAAAUCAACGGUUUUCAAUGGUUUUCAUAUUGCCAAAUAAAAGACACGGAUUAAAUAAUUUAUUAAAUAAAUUAAAAACCGAUGAUUUACAUUCUAUAUUAACGUAUAAAGGAGUUAGCGUCGUUAAAGUUCGCAUACCUAAAUUUAAAUUAACCGAAAAAGUAUCACUCGAAGAAACGAUGUCUCAGUUGGGACUUAAAACCAUGUUUAAUUCAUUAUCGGAUUUGAGUGGCAUGUCACCUUCAAGUAAAAACCUUGCUGUCUCAAAUAUGAUUCAUCAAUCAACAAUUGAGAUAGAUGAAAAAGGAAGUAGCGCUUCAGCAUCAACGAUAUUAAUUAUGUCCAGAAGGAGAACGCCCACAUUAUCCUUUAUUGCAGAUCAACCAUUUUUAUUUUUUAUUAUGGAUGAUAAAUAUAAUGUUCCUUUAUUCGCCGGAAAAAUAUUUAAUCCAACAAUGUAA